AUCAUACCAAAUAUUUAUUUUUGCAGUUAAGCAAGGUAAUACUGUAAUUUUUUUUUUAUUUAUAAAUUUUAGUAAUAUAUCCGGCGCAUGAGCUGAAGUCAUGCAUUAAUGAAAAUAAAAACAGAGGAGAUCAAACAAUGUCAUUCAUCAGCGUUCUCCUUAUUCUAUUUUUAAAAUGAAAACAAUCAAAGCGUUCUAUUUUUUUAACUUAAAUUGAUUCUAUUAUUGUUACACAUAAUAAAAUUUUGAAUGUCUAUCCGUUUGGUUGUGAACACUUUUUAUAAAAAUGGUACGGCGUUCUUACGUGUACGCCGUACCAAAAACCUAUUUCUCAUUAGAACUAGAUUGGCCUCACAAAAUGCGCUUGGUUCCCAAGCGCUACAAACUACAAUAAAUAAUCAGAGACCUCCAAGCUCCAGUUGGCAAUCCAGAUGUCAAAUUUUACGAAGAGCAUUUAUUGACAGUUUACUAAAUAGAGUGACAAAUUCUCUUUCUACUGAUUUACGUAAAAGAACUACAAGACAGCUUAUGUACGGUAAUUCACGCCCUUUUUUUGCGUUGGUUGGAAUGAGUUUAGCAUCUGGUAAUGGUGUUUUAACAAAUGAAUACCAACUAGAAGGGGUUUGCUGGGAAAUCAGGGAAGCUGUUGAGAGAAGACAAAAAAAUUUAUCUGUUGCUGAAUGUCUAAAUUUAAGCCCAUCAUUGGGACUAAAGCAAUUUAUUUUAGGAGUUCCUAUUGCUAAGGGAAAUAAUGCAGUGGUUUAUGAGGCUCGAAAAACCAUUGAAGAAAAUAAUGAUAAUUCAAAUUUGAACAUAAAAUCAUCAUCAAUUAAAUAUCCAUUAGCCAUAAAAAUGAUGUUUAACUAUGAUGCAGAAAGUAAUGCUAUGUCUAUUUUGAAAGCUAUGAACAGAGAAACAGUUCCAUCAAGAUGUAUUCAGAAUAGUUCUAAAACAGAUCAACAAUUGCUUUUUGGUUUUGAAAAAGAUAUAAUCAGAUUACCACCUCAUCCUAAUAUUGUUGAAAUGCACAUGUGUUUUGCGGACUAUAUUCCAGAUUUAGAAGAUGCUCAUACACUUUAUCCUCAAGCUUUGCCUUGCAGAAUAAAUCCUGAAGGUUAUGGUAGAAAUAUGAGUUUAUUUAUUGUUAUGAAAAAAUAUGAUAUGACUCUAAACAAAUAUUUAUCAGAAUACUCACCUAAACUUAGAGAUAGAAUUCUAUUAUUCACUCAAUUAUUGGAAGCAGUUACUCAUAUGUCAAACAAUAGCAUAGCUCAUAGGGAUAUGAAGUCUGAUAAUAUUCUUUUAGAAAUUCCUGAAAAUAAUGAUGUGUGUCCAACUUUAGCCGUCACAGAUUUUGGAUGUUGUUUAGCUGAUAAAAAUAAUGGUCUUAAAAUGCCUUAUAAAACAUGUGAAACAGAUCGUGGUGGAAAUAUUUCUCUAAUGGCACCAGAGGUUAUUACAGCUCAACCUGGAACAUUUGGACGAAUAAAUUACUCCAAAGCUGAUGUGUGGGCAGUAGGAGCAAUAGCUUAUGAAAUAUUUUCAGGCAGUAAUCCAUUUUACAGCUAUCAAAAAGGUAAAUCACCCCUAUUACGCAAUGCAACUUAUGAAGAAAAAGAUUUACCCGAACUUGGAAAUGAAAUUCCCUUAAUUAUAAGGGCAUUAAUUUAUUCAAUUUUACAAAGGUCACUGUCUAAGAGACUUGAUGCUACAUUUGCUGCAACUGUGUGUCAAUUAUACUUAUGGGCUCCAACUUCUUGGUACACAAAAUAUGUGUUGCCAACUAGUAAUGAGGUAAUUCAAUGGUUGUUAUGUUUAACAACCAAAGUAUUAUGUGAAGGAGGAGCAAUGAUAACAACUUCCAAUACUAAACGACGUACCUAUACAGAGUAUCAACUAAUAACAUCAUUUUUACAUAGAGCAAAAUUAUGUGAAAUAAAAAAUGCAUUACAAUGGAUGCAAUCAGUUCAACUAGAAUAAUAUAAAGAAUAAUGUUGCUAAUAUAUUUUUUAUUGUUUUAUUUUAUAUCUAUAAAUAAUGUUACAUAUGUAACAGAAAAACUCUUGUUUUUCUUUUCAAUAAAAAUUUAAUUUAUCAACA